AUGGAGCUGUGGGUGUUUGACCGCGGCCAAGCAACUAUACCUCGGGAACCGACCAUCUUUUCGCGAGUGUGCAAGGACAUUGUCAGCGACGGGCUCACCUGCUACCGCGCAAGACUGUCAACCUCUGAACACUGGGACCACGCCGUCAAGGUCAAGUGGUUGCCGGCCAGCAGUCCGUCCGAGCUCGAGAUGGUGGAGCUGGCCAAGCAAAGAAACGUCUGGGGAGUGUUGCGCCUCCUGGACCACCAGAGGCCUCGCAGCACCAACGGUCUGCACCACGGGUUGCUGUUUGGUGCGCGGCGAAACGGUCUCCAUCGCGCAGCGGCAAGACUGGAUCCGUCCUUGAGCAUAUGGCAACCCAAUCAGCAACACGGUUCUCAGCUGCACGGCCGCGACACCGCUCGGCGAAUCCCUCUACAAAUUUGA